AUGAAUAAUAGUAGUGAUUGUAUUAGUAGUAAUAGUAAUAGUAAUAGUAAGGGUAGUUAUAAUAUAAAGUUUACUUUGUUACUAGAACAUUAUCAUAAAUAUCAAAAUCAACAACAGCAACAACAACAAAAAAAUGAUAAUAAUGUAAUUGAUGAUCAAGUGAAAAAGGAAAUAGCAAAGUAUCUAAUGGCUUUGAUUGUUCUAAGAACAAAGGUGACUGCACUUUACAGUGAGAAUAUCAUAGAUAGUCUUACCAAUAUUAUUGGACCAUACGUUUGUUUUACAAGUAGUUCAUCUACUACUGCUACCACAACAAAUACUACUGCUACAACUACUACUUCGACAACUGCUGUUGCUACUCAAACUGCUACUACUACUACUACUUCCACUCAAGCGGAAGUUGUAGUUGCUACUAAUGGAACACCGACUGUCACUACACAACUACCUGUCAUUCCUUUCAGUGUAGAUCAUUAUGAACUUCUUUCAAAGAUUGCCGAUCUCUAUCAGUUUGGUGCGUUGAAUACUAAAGGAUUGUUUGCUAUCAUACUGAAUGCUAUCAACUUGAUAUUGUUGAUGUUUCAAAGUUUCAAAUCCUACAAGGACUGUGACAUUUCCAAAUUGAAUCAACUUGUAAACAGUCCGACCUCUGCACUCAAGAAGAUUGGCAGUGGAUCACCUCGACUCGGUAGUGUCAAUACACAUGCACACGCACAAAAUAGUUACAACCCACAGAUUCUCUCGAAUAGCCAGGUGUUCUCGGAGCUCGAUACCGACCAGAUUUCAAUCCACUACCGUCCAUUCAUAAACUACCUGUUCGAGUGUAUAAAGAAUGGCGAUUGCUCCGAGCAUUGCUACAGCAAAACGGUUCGUCCCAAGGAGCAAGGUAGUUUCCUCUUUGACAGCGUGGUCGGUCCCAUCCAGAUCGGCGUGCCGCCAGAGACUAUCAAGACUUCGCUGAAGGCACACAGCGCCGUUCCACAGAUCUAUGUGCUGCCACACAUUCUCUGCUCGAACGGUGUCAGCUACUCCGAGGUGGAAUUCCCAGUGUUUUUCAACUUUUUCAUCAAGAAGGCCGCUUCGAAUCCGUUGCGUCGCGUCAUUAUGGUUGGCCAUGAAGAUCAGCUGCGUCGUGUUCGCUCCAUUUUCAAGGAGUCGAUGUUUGGACCGAAUCCCGACCAGAUCUACAUCAAAGAGGAGAUAUCGAAAGCAAAGUUGGACGCUGGCUACGCCAUUGACUUUGAAGCGGAGCGCGCCACUCUUGCCUACAGAAAGCACGGAAUGGAGUCAUCGAUCGAUGACUUUGUCAUAUUCAAACCGUUCGACCAGCGCAAUCAGGUGAAGAUCGACUUGCCAUCGAUUGAGAAUCCCGAUGAGAUGGCAUCGGUAGUCAUUGAGAAUCGUCAUGGAUUGAUUUGUUUCUACGAUGGUGAACACACUCGCUUGAAAGGUGUGGUCGACUCGACGAUGUCGCCACUACCCUCUGUUCUCAAGCAGGUCGCUACACUCAGCAGUCCGAGCCGCCAAUCGAUAAGCAACUUUGCACUCUCCACACCUAAAUUCAUCCCACCGACAUUCGGUAUCACAUUCCUCGGAACUUCGCACGGUUUCGAUCCGUUUGGACAAACGACAGGUUUCAUCAUUUGGAUCAAUGGAAACGGUGUGUUGGUAGAUCCACCCAUUGGAACAUCAAAGUAUCUUCAACACUUUGGACUCGGUGGACACCUAGUUGAAUGUGUCAUUCUCACUCACUGCCAUUCCGACCAUGACAGUGGACUUCUCCAACAGAUUGUUGAGGGUACCAAAAUGACACUCUACACAACCAGAACAAUCCACGAUUCCUACAUGAGAAAAGCACAGGCACUCACCGGUAUCGAUAAAAUCAAUGAGUUUUACAAUUGGGUUCCUGUUACCAUUGGUGACACUGUCCGUAUUCAAGGCGCAGACUUUGAGUUUGAUUAUAGUUUCCAUACGAUCCCAACGAUUCGUUUCAAGAUAUCGUUCCACGGCAAGACAAUGUCAUAUUCUUCCGACACCAAAUACUGUCCAGAGUCGUUGAGUCAGUUGGUAAAAGAUGGUGUGAUCAAUCCGCUACGUGAAUCCAGUCUGCGGAUACAUAUGCCGCCCUCGAUGAUCUACAAGAUAUUCUUUGCAAUGGAACCAAAGAAAGUUACAGCGGGAACCGUCAUAAUGCGUGCCGGUGACGACAGCGACUGUUGCUACCUGGUGGAGCACGGUACCGCCGACGUUUUGAUUCCAACGCCCGAGGAGAUGAAAUCGAUGGAGAAGUCGGGAUUCCAGUGUUUCGAUAGUCCAACAAUGAGUCGCGGACUAAACAAAUCGAUGAGCGCCAUCAAUACCAACUAUCAGAAUCAAGCUGGCGAUCAGUAUAUCGGUAGUUUCUUCACUGGUGACACCUUUGGCGAGAAUGCACUGUCGCGUCGUGCCAAGCGAAGUGCCACUGUCAUUGCUCGUACCGACAUGUCGUUGCUCUCGGUCAGUCACGACGCAUUCCUCAAACUCCAAAAAGAGCUGCGACAAGACGAGUUGCUGUCGUCGCUCUCACUCGAUCUCGAGCGGAUUGCACUGUACUCGCCGUUCCUCAAGAAUGUUCUCUCCAAGACAUUCCCAUUCUCGCAGUUGCAACUCUCGAAAGAACAGAUCGACUAUUUUGCAGCAACCAUCGAUUCAGAGAUGGUCUUUGAGGAGGGUGCCACCAUCAUCAAAGAAGACGAUCACGAUGACUCUAUAUUCAAUCUAACGCAAUUAGUUGAACAAAGAUUAUCUGAAAGUUUUAAUUAA